GUAUUCUAGCGGGCAACAUGGUUGCAAUCAGCCUAGUUGUUCUCCUCGUAUUGUGCAAUGGUGUUAUUCCACACUACGAAGCCAAGUUCAUUGGAAGCAACGAAGAUUGGGAUGUUCCUUACUCCUUUUCGUACGAACCAGAUAAUGUCACGUGGGCCAAAACAGAAAAGCCAACAAAUGCAACCAGCACAAGUGCCACUACUACACCUCAACCAGACUACAGUCAUCUGUAUCAAGCUAUUUCUUCACUAACGAAGCAGGCCACGACGUUCAUAAAAAUGUUGAAUGAAUUCAAUGAUAAAAACUAUCGGUCGCUGGUCAGAUUACUCAGCCAAAUUUCGUCUUCUCUGUCAAACCCAUCAGAUUUCGAGAACGUAUUGCAAACUUGGGUAAAGAUAGCUGAGGGAUCAGAACAGCUCACCGAAAAUUUUCUUCAACGGAUGUCUGCUCUAGUUGAGCCCAACAGACCAGUUGAGCACACAACCGUACUGCUUUCAAACUUGAAGAGCUACCUGGAAUCAUAUAUCUCCGAUGUAUUGAAACGGCAAGACGUAUCGCUUCAAACGGCUUUUGAUAUGCUGGAUCGAGACACGCUGACUAAAGAAGAAUUGACUCUACUAGAUACUCUCUUUGGGUUCCAGCAACAAAUUCAAGCACAUUCCUUUAAAACGCUGAAUGAAUAUGUCGAUUUGGUUGACAGCUUGGUGGCGGUUACCAAAGACUCACGCUAAUCCAGACUGUUUUGCAUUACGCAGUAGACAUCCCAAAUUGUGCAUCAUUAUCCGUGAUACCAAGUUGAUGUUUGCGCAUCUGCUAAUUGAAUAAAUGCACGCAUGAUUCUC